AUGACAGCGAUGGGAAAGCUCUACCAUGAGGACGUCGUAAUUUUUUUCUCCAUCGAAAUGCUGGAGGGAAUACUGGGGCUUUUUAAACACGCGAAGCACUUGAAGGGGGGGGGACACAAAAUUAUGGACGUUCCUCAAGAAGGGGGAUGUACUUACGUUGAGGGUGAGUCAUACUCCAUGAAUAGCAACAAUUAUGUUAGGCCCUCCAACCGAGUCAGCAACAAAGAGGGGGAACAAACUACGCCAAACAAACCACCCAUCAGCGUGAAUAUAAAACAAAAAACGGGAGAGGACACAGAGAAUGAGAAUGGAAUGUGUAUCAAUGAGAAAGGAAAUAACGAAAUUGAAGGAAAGAAGGAGGAAGAGCCACGUCCCUUCAAGGCAGAUGAACUAAGAGGAGUGUGCACACGAUUUAUUCUCUUCCAUUUUGAAGAAGCUAAGAAUAUAAUAAAAUAUUUUUUUGAAAACAUUUUUUCCAUUUACAGUAUGAUCGAAUAUCUUUUUUUGUUUUCCCCUGUGUGUGUACAUGUGACUUAUGGGGGUCGUUUUUCCUCAGCGUCUCCACCCGAGUGCUUGUUCACAUCGGAUGCCCUGAAGCUCGGUGAAGAAGCCAAUACGAAUGAUGAGCAGAUGGUGGACCAUUUCGAUGGGACUCAAUAUGAGGAACUUGCCACGAAUAUCUAUAUAAAGGAGGCCCUGGAUGUGCCCCUCUUCGUUUUGAAUAAGUUUUACUCAAAUGUCGACCAGCUGGGGCGUAAGAUAAACGAAGUCCUCAUGUGA